GGUAAAUUGAUAGAAGAAGAGUUCAUUCAGCCAUUACUCACUCAGCCAGGUCGUAGCCGCUAGUGGUGGAGGACAGAUCAUUAUCAAGCAGACAAAAUGCUUUCUGUGCGCGUUGCUUCAGCGUUGGUUAGGACUCUCCCUAGAAGGGCUGGAUUAGUGUCAAAGACUCUGCCAGCUGUCUGCAUUGGGGUCAACCACCUCCACACACACAGACCAUGGCUGCAGAAAAUUGGCACAGCUGAGGUGUCCUCUAUUCUGGAAGAGAAGAUCAUGGGAGCAGACACCUCAGCAGACUUGGAAGAAACGGGACGUGUGCUGUCCAUCGGUGACGGUAUUGCUAGGGUGUAUGGACUGAGAAACGUGCAGGCUGAAGAGAUGGUGGAAUUCUCCUCUGGACUCAAGGGUAUGUCUCUGAACUUGGAGCCCGACAACGUUGGUGUUGUCGUGUUUGGUAACGACAAGCUGAUCAAGGAAGGUGACAUUGUCAAGAGGACUGGCGCCAUUGUGGACGUCCCCGUCGGUGAGGAGCUGCUUGGUCGCGUAGUGGACGCUCUGGGUAACGCCAUUGAUGGAAAGGGCCCUCUUGGAUCUAAGAUACGUAGGCGUGUAGGUCUGAAGGCCCCUGGUAUCAUCCCUCGUAUCUCUGUGAGGGAGCCCAUGCAGACGGGCAUCAAGGCUGUUGACAGUCUGGUGCCCAUUGGCAGAGGCCAGCGAGAGCUCAUCAUUGGUGACAGGCAGACUGGCAAAACCGCCAUUGCCAUCGACACCAUCAUCAACCAGAAGCGUUUCAACGAAGGCACUGACGAGAAGAAGAAGCUCUACUGCAUCUACGUGGCCAUCGGACAGAAGAGGUCCACCGUGGCUCAGCUGGUCAAGAGGCUGACCGACGCCGACGCAAUGAAGUACACUAUUGUGGUCUCGGCUACCGCCUCCGACGCCGCCCCCCUGCAGUACCUGGCCCCGUAUUCUGGCUGCUCCAUGGGCGAGUACUUCAGGGACAACGGCAAGCACGGCCUCAUCAUCUAUGACGAUCUGUCCAAGCAGGCCGUUGCCUACCGUCAAAUGUCCCUGCUGCUGCGUCGGCCUCCCGGCCGCGAAGCCUACCCCGGCGACGUCUUCUACUUGCAUUCGCGUCUGCUGGAGAGAGCCGCCAAAAUGAAUGACAACUUCGGAGGCGGCUCCCUCACAGCUCUCCCUGUCAUCGAGACCCAGGCCGGCGACGUGUCCGCCUACAUCCCCACCAACGUCAUCUCCAUCACAGACGGGCAGAUUUUCUUGGAGACAGAGCUGUUCUACAAGGGUAUCCGUCCUGCCAUCAACGUGGGUCUCUCCGUGUCCAGAGUGGGUUCUGCUGCCCAGACCAAAGCCAUGAAGCAGGUGGCCGGUACCAUGAAGCUUGAGCUGGCCCAGUACCGUGAGGUGGCCGCUUUUGCUCAGUUCGGUUCAGAUUUGGACGCCGCCACGCAGCAGCUCCUCAACAGGGGCGUCAGGCUCACUGAGCUGCUCAAGCAAGGACAGUACUCUCCCAUGGCCAUCGAGGAGCAGGUGACAGUUAUUUACGCCGGAGUCAGGGGUCACCUGGACAAGAUGGAGCCCAGCAAGAUCACAAAGUUCGAGAAGGCUUUCCUGCAGCACGUCCUCAGCCAGCAACAAGACCUGCUCGCUGCAAUCAGGGCUGACGGCAUGAUCUCGGAGGCGUCCGAUGCCAAACUGAAGCAGGUAGUUCUGACCUUCCUGUCCAGUUUUGAGUAAAAGCAGGUCAGCACUUGUCUUGCCUUCAGUGUCAGUCCCCCUUCUAAAUAUGACUUCUAUGUAUGUGAACACACUGAAGGCCUCCAUGUACAGAUAUGUCAAAAUAAUAAAAUUUUACAAACCUA